UAAUUCAAAACAUUUAAUAUGAGCUACAAACACAUGAUUCAAUUGAUAUCCUUUUAAAAAUAAGUCACCCACUACUGUGGAACUUUACACCAAAAUUUGCACAUACAAAAUUUAAAUGUUGUGACAUUUUUUAUUUAAAAUAUUUAAAAAAAAUUUAAAAAUAUAAAGGGAAAUCAACAAAUCUAGCAACAUGGCAAUUCAAUUUCUCAGGCCCAGAAAUUUUGUUAGAUUAUUCCAGCAAAGACGUUCGCUUAACUGCUUAGGAGACUCAACAGAGUUAACAGGGGUUGUGCUAGGUACUUAUCGUGAAAAAGAGGAUAUGCUGGGACAACAAAGGACAUAUACCCCUACGACUAGGAGGUUCGAUGACGCAUUAGAAGGAAGACUUACUGAACUGAUUCAAAUAUCCGGUGGUUUGCCUCACAUGGGUGAAGUGAGGAUAUUUUAUGGCCUGAAUAACAAAUUUGCCGCAACAGCAGUCACAGGGCUAGGACCAGAGUGCAAUGGAUAUAAUGAAAUGGAAGAGGUCGAUGAAGGUAAAGAGAGCAUUCGAAUGGCAGCCGGCUUUGGUGUGCAGGCGCUGCAAGCUCAAAGAAUGAGAACACUAUUCGUUGAUUCUAUGACCCAUGCAGAAUCAGCAGCAGAAGGUGCUGCAAUGGGUAUCUGGCUCUAUCAGGAACUGAAAAACAGUGGUGAACAAAAACUCAUUCCAAGGGUCGAACUGUUCGACGAUUGUGAUUAUACUGGUUGGCAGAUUGGGCUCCAAAAAGCUGCUGCACAAAACUUAGCUAGGCAGCUUGCAGAAACCCCUGGAAAUUUGUUAACACCAAUCGCUUUCGCUCUGGCGGCAGUGGAAGUUCUAUGCAGAGCAGGAGUCAGCGUUGAAGUCAAGGUGAGGAAUUGGUCAAAAAUAAUGAAGAUGGAAGCCUUCCUAAUGUCUGCAAGGGGAUCAUGUGAACCUCCAAUAUUUCUUGAGACAAGUUACUACGGGUGUGAACCAGAUGUAGCCCCGGUAGUAUUAGUCGGGAAAGGCAUCACUUUCGACAGUGGUGGCCUCUGUUUAAAAACGUGCCCUGAUAUGAAGCACAUGAGAGGAGAAAUGUCAGGAGCUGCAGUUGUAGUGGCCGUCUGUCGAGCAGCUGCUGCGCUUCAGCUGCCUAUAAAUAUAAGAGGUCUUAUACCCUUGUAUGAAAAUCUACCGGGUAAUUGUGCCUUGAAACCUGGAGAUAUCAUAAGAUCGAUGAACGGGAAGACAAUCGUAGUAGAGCAUACAGAUUUUGACGGAAGACUUGCACUAGCCGAUGCUCUCAGCUACUCAGGGAAUUAUAAUCCCAGAUUUAUACUUGAUGUUGGUUCAUUGAGCAAUGAAGUCGUUCAACUGCUUGGGACAGGUGCAACUGCAGUGUUCUCAAACAAUGACCAGCUGUUUGAAAACAUGAGAAUAGCAGGAAUACACACAGGAGAUCGAAUAUGGCGUUUGCCCUUGUGGGACCACUACACCGAGAAAGUUACAGCAAUCCCAUUUGGAGAUGUUUUUGACAAGUACAGAAUGACAGGCAACACCCCAGCAACAGCAGCUUUUCUGAACCAGUUUACUCCAAGAGUCGAUUGGAUCCACUUGGACACAUACGGUGUGACAAGAACAAGUGGUGAAAGUUGGUCGUAUUUGAGAGAAGGCAUGAGCGGAAGGCCAACGAGAACACUCAUAGAAUUCUUGGCUCAGUUGGCAUGCGAGGUCAGUGAGCAUUCUUUAGGGAAUCAAGAACCAGUUAAAGGAACAGCAUGUGUGGGUAUAGAAUAACGCCCCACCACAUGAGUUUCAAUGUUUGUCCCUUGUUUGCAAUUGACACUGCCUUAUCUGUCUCUACAAUACACAUAUAAAAUUUAAAA